GACAGUGGAACGUUAGGAUGUCCUGCGUGUCCUCGUUUUCUUAACACCUUUAUUCAGAAUUUUCUAACUCUCUGGGGACAUUCUAUUAUUACUGCUACCUCUGCAAUAACUUGUCCUCUUGUGGCGUCUUGCUAGAUAAGCAUACUCUGCUCUUCAAAGGUACCUGCCCUAUAUGUGCGGGUCCUCUAGUCUGCAUUCUGUUUCCUGGGGUCUUUGUGACUUUGCCAUGGAUUCAGGAGUUGUGAUGUAGCAGUAUCCAUUGGAGUUGGAGCUCUCACCAUCCGUUGAUCUCUUUCUUCUAAGAUCCAUGACCUCUUCAACCCUGGGAAGCUGAGUAGGUUUCUAGUACCAGGCAUAAUUCCCUCCUUUUGAGUGGGCCUUGAAUUCAAUUAGACUGAAGCUGGUUACCGCCAUCAUGAUGGGCCAUUUCCUCACUGGUGCUCAUUCUCACCCUGCUCUCAUUCAACGCUCUCCACCGAGUGUGACAGGCGUUUGGCAGAGAUGGCUGACAGAGAUAUUUAUUGCACAUUAGAACUGCCUGCCACACCUCAAGUCCAAGAAGGCUCUGGAUCGAAGCUCAGAGCUGCCCUCCACAGGCUCCGUCUUUCCUGCCUUGUGACUGUGGCUUUGGGGCUUUUGACUGUGAUUCUCAUGGGUUUACUGAUGUGUCAACAGAUCCUGGGCUGUGGCUCCAAGGACUCUGUGUGUGCCCAAUGUCCCAUCCUCUGGAUGAGGAAUGGUAGCCACUGUUUCUAUUUCUCAAUGGAGAAAAAGGAUUGGAAUUCUAGUCUGGAAUUCUGUGCGUACAAAGGCUCACAUCUCCUUACAUUUCUGGACGACAAGGAAGUGAUUCCCUUCCAAGAGUACUUGGACAACGACUUUUACUGGAUCGGCUUGAGGAAAACUGAUGGCUGGAGGUGGGAAGAUGGCCCGGUUCUAAGCUUAAGGAUUCUUUCUAACAGCUUGAUCCAGACAUGUGGUACCAUCCACAGAACUGGCCUUCAAGCCUCUAGUUGUGAAGCUCCUUUGCGGUGGAUCUGUAAGAAGACCAUAUACUGACGGGUGCCACUUUGUCCAGAGCCUUGGCUCCCCCACAGGUCUUAAAAACAGGGAACUGGCCCAGGAAAUCUUUGUUCACAAAUGUGUGUUUACCGAAUGCCAAACCUGCUAUGCUAUGCAGGAUUAGUUAGCAUAGCCUCCUGGGGGCUGGCAUUUCCCUGCUGGUCUUUCUUGGAGACUAUUUAAGUAAGUAUUAUGGUAGCCAUUUAAAGCCUAGAUCUGGGCAAUAGAGUUUGUUUGUAGAUACUCACACUGGCUCCCCCAUCCCCACCUCUGCCAUCUCUGUCAAAGAUAUAUGGAAAACUAUUCCUCUACGAGGAAGAAUGAAACCCUGCCAUGUCCAGUGACUGUUACGUGGAGAUCAACUAGACAGAAAAACACACACGUCAGUUCUCACUCAUGCUUGGAAGCUACACAAGUUUGUGCCAUAGUUACAGGGAGAAGUACAGUAGGUACAGAGUCCAGGAGAGUAAUGGGAUGGUAGAGAUUGGUUGAUGGCUUGCCUGGAGUGCUCUGUAGCUCAAUGGGGUGACAACAAUGGUCAGUAAUUACUGUAUGACUGCCAAUUUACUGUGAAUUUCAAAAUAGCUAGAAGAAAGAACUAUGGGUGUUUCCAAAUGCCUGACAGGAUGGAUAUACUGACCCCUCUGAUUGAUCAUUGACCUGCGUUGAAAUAUGCUGUACCCCACAAGUGUGUACAAUUAUUAUUAUGUGUCAUUUAAGAAUUGAAAUAAAAUAAAUCACAAUUAAAA